CGUACUUUUUAAGUGAACCUUCAGUGGUUAUUUGUCUUCGUCGAGAGUAGACUGCCGGUUCGCCUGUUCUAUUUGCGAAUUACCACGUGCUUUUUCGUGCGUCUGUCUAUCGCAACGUGUCGCCAAUUACGAGCCGAGUAAACAUCGAAUUCACGAGAUAUCGAUUUCGUCUCCGUACAGCUCAAUGUGAAGUUUUCGGAGUGAUUAGAAGUUGUGUCAUUUUCCAAAGAAGGGGCAUUUAUUGAUAAUAAUGGUGUUUUAGUGGCCGAUUGCGUUCAAUUUCGGGUAGUUUUUUCGAUUUUUUCUACUUUUUUGGUGUUUAGUUGAAUAGAAUCAUGUUCGGGGUGAAAUAUAAGUGUGUUGGUGGUACGAGAUCUACUUCUUCCAAUUUGAUGGUUAUCCACGUCGUUAUUUUGGUCUUCUGCAUGUGCGGAGUGGUCACGUCGGUACAAAUUAGACAUUUUUUCACGCCUGAUAAGGCAAACUUGAAAUCACCCGAUCCAAUGAAGCUGGAAUGUGAUCUAGAGUACAACACGACUGAAAAACGACAGAUAAUCGUACAAUGGUUCCUGAAUGAUACCUUGCUAUACCAAUGGACCGAAAAUCGUACCACGGGACCUUUCAUAAAUAAACAUUACUUGGACCCUUCCGCGAGUAAGAUCCGAGUGCAGAAUUCGGCCAUAUAUGCCCCUAUCGUGAUCACCAAUAAAACCAUACAUCACACCGGAUGGUACAAAUGUGUCGCUAACAGCGACGUCACCAACGACGAAACUUGGCGAGAUUUCAUCCAAAUGUAUGUUCCUGUCGAUAAUAUAACGCUGGAUCAAGUGUUCGACAACAAUACAAACGAACUGAAUGUCACUUGUGGUACCGAAGACGUGUACCCGGAACCUCAAAUCAAGCUUGUUAUCAACGGUCAAGAUAACAUGACCAUCGAACCGAUACUCGACGUGCGAAUAAAAGAAAAUCAACUAUUCGACAUCACGGCUACCUACAAGCUACCAAUCAACGAUUUGUCUGCUAGUUCCAAGAUUAAUUGUUCUAUAAUUUUACCAGACGUCCAUAUAACCAGUAGUCGAUUAAUGCAGUAUAACAAAUCAGGGUACGUUGAUGAUGAUAUCAUCACCGAUGGUAAUGUCACAACUGACGAAAUCAGCACGCAAGAUCCGAAUGCACAAGGUGGUUCGAUACAAAAUCUGAUAAAUUCUUAUCUGAUAUCGAUGUCUGUAUUUGUUAUCCUGACACUGGCUCGUGAAUUUUUCUAGAAAUCUGAAAUGAUGUAAAACAAACGUAACGAGAUGAAUGAUUAAUAAAAUUAUCAAAAAGUAUCGCGUUGCGAUGAGCUGAAUCAUUUUAAAUGAUUCUAAACUCUGAAAACGGUACAAUCAAUACGAAGAUGCAUUUUUGUAACAUGCUCCUUUACCAUGUGGGCCUAUCUAAUGUAUACUUUGUAUUUACCUGCGUGUUGCCUAUUUUAUCCGAAAUAUCGACAUUUUAUGAAAAUGUACAGUUCUCAAAUUUCGUAGCUUAUAUUUCACAUUUCAUCGUUACACAAAUGAUUAUUGAUACAUUUAGUGAUAUAUUUUGUUUUCAAGUCUUUGUUAUUAAAAAAUGAAACUAAUGCUUUUGUGAUAUGUAAUCAAUUAUGUUUAUAAAUAUUCCUAUCUUUAGCUUUUUUUUUCAAAGUAAAAUUCCAAAGAAACAUUGGCGAAGUGAAUCGACUUUAUACGAAGAGAAGAGGUGCAGUUUGCAUUUUAUUUUGAAUUUCAGUCAAUUUUUCAAGCAAAAGUAAACUUCUAAAAUUUAUUAUCAACUCAUUGGCUGUAUUUUUAUUCAAAUUCAAAAUGUGAUUUUCUAAAUUUUUUCAUAAUUGCCUAUUUAUUUUUGGAACAGUUUUGUGAACUUUCUUCCUAAGUAUUAAGGACCUCACAUUUUUAAUAUUUAAAAAAAAUAAAAUGUGAGUUUACGAAAAACGACGCCAAAGUUAUAUUUUUUAUUUACUGAUAAUUGUUUUUUUCUAGUCGUAUAUUGUAUUUAUUUUAUGAUGUAGGUAUAGUCUGUUGAUUUAUCACAGAAAAAAUAUCAUAGGGUGAUGAAUAAGGGAGACUAAAUCAAUUUGAUAAUUGGAAUCGCAGAUCUCUCAAUGAUCGGAAUCCUUGUAGCAAUCAAUUCGAUCAAACGCUACCGAUUUUUCAUUUCAUUUUUGAAAAAAAAUGAAUUUUACUACGUAUUUAAUGAAUACCUACUACCUAGGUACCUACCUAUUAUGUACCCAUGUAAAUAUCUAGCUAAAUUAUUUAUGUAUACUACUCAUCAUAAUCUUGAUAUACUUUUUACCUACCUAAAUGAUAUUCCUAUGUAUAUCUAAAGUUCGUUGGUUGUCAAUAACAAAUUAUGUAAAUUUUAUGUUUAAUUCACAUUAUUUUUUUCCUUUGUGAUUCGUUUAACGAAUUUUGUUUGUUUGUACGCAAAAUAUUUAUUAAAAUUGUUGUUGUAUUAA